AAUUCUUUUAUGGGUUUAUUUAUUUUAAGAUGCUGUAAAUAGAGGACUCAGACUGAGUAAACAAAAGAAAAUAAAUGAUAAUGUUGUUUUCACAAAAACAACACUAUCAGUUUUGUUCAAAUUUGACAGACUCAAAACACACUCUCUCUCUGUGGCUUUGAAAACCAUAAAAAGACUCGUACAAAUCCACAACCAAUUCCCUGCCUAUACCCACCACCACCUUCUUCUUCUUCUCUGUUUCUCUGUAUUCAGAGAAAGAAAAAACAAAAAAAAGAAAAGAAAAUGGGUCAUGAAUGCAAUCGAUUCCAUCAUCAUAAUCCCCUCUAUAUCCAUCACAGGAAUACAUUCCUACCCAUGUUAUGUUCAAGGCCUUCAAUCAAAGAUGUCAAGCUUCCAAACUGGGAAAAUCGCUCGGCUUCUUUUUCCGACGAACCUUUAUCACCCAAAAUCGGUUGCAUGGGUCAGGUUAAGAGGAACAACAAAGUCAUCGGCUUCCCUGCUUCUUCUCACAGGCUCACUCUCACCGGCUCCACCACCACCAACAACAACAACAUCAACAUUAAUGUCAAGUAUUCCAAGCUCAAGAGAUUGUUCUCCGGCAAGAAUCUCACUCCGGCAGCCACCGGUACCACCGCUGGGUGUGGAAGCCGGAGAAGGGUUGUUUUGAGUGGUGCAAAUGGGUCUAGAAAUGGAUGUAAUAGUAAUAAUGGUAAUGGUGAAAAUUGUAUUCCUACUAUCAUUGAUGUGGUUGAUUUGGAUCCUCCUCUGCCCGUGAUCAAGAAGGUACAGAAAACAGAGAAAGAAGGAGAGGUAGAUAGUCUUUGGAAAAGGAGAUCUGGUGGGGUCGCAUUGAAAAGUUUGCAGCUUCGACAAAUUCACCAUCCUAGACACCAUCUUCAACCCACUACUGUUUAAUGUGAAAAAAAUGGAAAGGUGGAGAAUUAGUUUGAUGAUGGAAAAAAGAGAGUUUGUAAAUGUUUUUCCUUUUUUUUUUUUUUUUUUUGGGGUUCCCAAUUUUAUGAGUAUUUGUUUGAUUUGGUUUUCCAAGAUAUAUAACAUGAUGUAUUUAGAUUACAUAUUGUUCAUAAAUCUAAUUUUGCUUAUCCCUCCAAAAAUGUUAUUUUUUGGUGAAUACCAAAUAUGUUAUCUUUCUCCCA